UUGAUUCAUGUAAUCAACCUCGCCUUCGCCUUUGUUUCCUCUAUAAAUAUUGGGACUUAUGCACGGCACUCACUUUAAGGAAGCUCGCACACAUAUAGAUCAACAAAACUACACACUGAAACCAAACUAAAAUGGUUCACUGUCAAUUAACGUUUUUGCUAGCAGUUCUAACCAUUUUCCACGUUUCAACCACCUCAACCGCAACACCACCGCCACCGCUUUCAGCCACGGCAAGGGAGUUUCUACAAACACACAACCAAGCAAGAGCAUCAGUAGGUGUAGAGCCACUAACAUGGAGUGAGCAGCUAGCCAACACAACAAGCAAGCUAGUCCGCUAUCAACGUGACAAACUGUCUUGUCAGUUUGCCAACUUAACAGCCGGAAAAUACGGUGCCAACCAGCUUAUGGCACGCGGCGCGGCUGUGACACCGCGCAUGGUGGUUGAGGAAUGGGUGAAGGAGAAGGAGUUUUAUAAUCAUAGUGAUAAUACAUGUGUUGUGAAUCAUAGGUGUGGUGUUUAUACUCAAGUUGUUUGGAGGAAGAGUGUUGAACUUGGGUGUGCUCAAACUACUUGUGGUAAGGAAGAUACUAGUUUGAGUAUUUGUUUCUAUUAUCCACCUGGGAAUUAUGUUGGAGAGAGUCCUUACUGAAAAUUGUUGUUGUGAUUGUAAUGUUGAUGUUUCUAUUAGUGUUGAUCUGCUUGAUUUGGUUCUGAUCUUUCAUGCAAGUGUAACUUUUCAAAUUGAUAAUUUCUAGUAAUAAAUAAUAAUAAUAAUCUUACUUUACAGA